AUGGGGAUGGAGCAUACAGCAGCAAAUGCCGAGAAGAUAAGAGGCGUGAUGGACGGGAUAAUAAAUGAUCUGGAAGGGUAUCUCGAGAUGUUUAGGAACCAUGCACGGUUUCUUAGAGGCAGGAUCAGCAGAGAUAAGCAAGAGGGAGAGGUUCUUCUACAAACAGUGACGUCCACUCUUAACGAGAUGAGGGAGAGGAAUGAGAGGUUAGUUGACGAGAGAAAUGCACUUAAAUCCAGGAUUGAGCAAGACACAAAGGAUCUGAAGGCCUCGGAGGAUGAGAAGCAUGAGCUUAUGAACCAGAUCAGGGAGCUUGAAAUGAACAAUCUCGAUCUGAAAGAGGUUUUCCAGGAGAAGAAAGGGAUUGAAAAUGCCUUUGUGAAGAAGAUGGAGCUUAUUUUCGAGAGAAACAAGCAAAGAGAAGCACUGAUGGAGGCAAAAGCAGAGUGGUUCAAGAGAUACCUUGGAAUGGACAUUAUUCCGGUGAGAGAGAAUGUGAUCAAGAUUGUUUUCAGUAGGAUAUGUCCUGAGGAUAGUGUGGAGUGUUUUGUGACUCUGGAUCUAUCGAUGGAAGAUGCUGUUAUUGACCUGUUUCCAAGAAUGUAUGAUCUUGAGAAGGCCAAUGGAGUGUUUAGGGAGUGCAGAAGCUUCCAUGACUUUCUAGCAGUGAUAAGAAAGGAGUUUAGAAGGGAGUAUUCUGGGAUAUGA